UAAAAAGUGUCACCAAAUUCAAAAUUUUAGUGUUUGUUUACUUCUUUGAAAACAUUGUCCAUAAAUAUGCUUCAUUCAUCUUCAUUAAAUAUGGUUCGAUUGCAAGAACUGAAGUUGUGGCAAGGUAAUUACGAUGAGCAUACGCAGAAAAAUAGUGAUAAAAAAGUUGUUAGUGAAAAAGAUGAAAAACAUUUGAGCGAAUCAAUAUUUAAUACAUCUAUAGAAAAGGUAGAUACAACAAAUUGGGAUAAACAUGAGAUUGUACCUUCUAAACCAUUUGAAGAAUUGUUAGAAGAAAAAAUUGCUCAAGAUUUACCGAUUCAAAUACGUAAUAAGCCCAAGAGGCCGUUUUUGAAAAAAGGACAAGGGACCGCUAGGUUUAAAAUGGCUCAGUAUCCUACAAAUAUAAAACAAACCAGUAGACUGAAAGAUCUAACUAACAGUGAUAGAAAGGGUAUCUUGAAGAGGGCUACAGUUCAAGUUCAGGAAAAUAUUAACUUAACACCUUUAACUGUACAGGAGUGUAUGAAACCAAGAGGAACAUGGAAAGCGGCAUUUGAAAAUGGUUCAACUGAGAAAAAGAACCAAGAAGAAGAUAGAUAUGAUAAAUUUAGAAGAAACCUCUACUUCAAAUCGGACGAAAACUUUAAUAAUCAUUGUAAAACUGAUAAUGCAUCGAUUUUUAGCGGUUUAAAUAAGUCUAUUAUGGAAAAAAUCAAAGCUUAUGCUUCAAAAUCGUUCUCACCUAAUGAAAAAUUAAUAUCUAAUGAUAUACCAGAAAAUCUGUUAGAUAUAAUGAUACCGUAUAAAAAGGAUCCAGGAGAGCACAUUCUAGAGGAACAAAAAUCGGAGAGGGAGUUAAAAAACUUUGAAAUGUUAGAGCAAAAAGUUGAAAAUAGUUCUUUUUGUUCCACCAAUACCAGUGUUAUGAAUCUUUUGGCUAGUACUCCUCAAAAAAAUUAUAGUACAACGAAUAUUACUGACAAAGAAAUAUUGUUUGUUAAUGACAGACAGGAAAAUAUUCAUUUGAAAUUGGAGGAAAUUGCCGAGAAAACUGACGUUUUGCGAAAUUUUCUUAUUAAUUUGCACAAAAUGGAAUUGAAUGAUGCACAUCAAAACUGCAACGAUUUUAAAGAUGUUAGUGCACAUCGUUCAAGCAAGAUGACCUCCAGAGGAACUAGUUUUUCUGACGAAGAGACGAGAUGGUCAUCGAGAUCGCCCAGUGUGGUGGACAAUUAUACCGAAUAUGACAGUACCUGUCAAAGCGAGAGUGUCACAAGAAUCGACGCGGGCGUCAACACUAGUUUUGACAGUUUUAAGUUGGACGAUACUGUCAAAAAUGACGAACCCUGUACAGAAUGCGAGGUUUUAAAAUCAAAACUUUUACAAAAAACAAAAAGUUUUAAUAAUCUUCAGACAGAGCAUGAGAAAUUAAAAAAAGAACUAAACGAGUUAGAUGGAAAAUAUAAUAAUAUAAAAAAAGAAAUGAAUAAUAAUGAAAAAAAGUAUACAGAACAAGUGGCAAAACUAGAGGAAGAGAUGACUAGUGAGCGAAAAAAAUAUUUAAAAGAGAAAAACUAUUUUGAAAAUUAUAUAAAAGACGCACAGAAUAGACCGUCUAAAAAAGAACGUGAAGAAAUUAGUCAGUUAAAACAAGAAUUGGCCGAUGCAAAAGAAUUGUUAAAAUUAAAAGAUACCAAAUAUGGAGCCUCACAGGCCAGGCUUAGGACUCAAGUGAAACAACAAGAAAAAGAGCUAACUGAACUUAAAGCUACUGUGGAGAAACUACAUAAAGAAAACGCAAAAUUGAGUUCGAACCAGAAGUACAUGCGUCGGCCUGCCGAAGUUAAAAUGCUUCAAGAAAUCAACAAAAACCUGUCAAAAUUGACAGAAGAAACCUUUAAAAAGAAGGUAGAAAAAUCUGGCAAAGGCAAUGGUGACGAGAAACAAAAUGUAGUAUCUGAUAUCAGCAUCCAAGGAAGUGAAACAAUUAAAACUACACCAAAAGAAACAGAAGAGAAGUCUGUUACAACGCGUUCUAGUAGAAAUUCAUUAAAGAAUGACAGUGUGGAGUUAAAUUUUAUAAAUUACGAUACUGUUUCUAUUGAAAAACAAUACGAGCAUAAGUUUGGCAAUGUCGCAAGUCCCAGAAAUACUAAUUGUUCUGCAACAUUAGAUAAGUCUGAGAAUGUUCUUCCUGAUGGUUCCAUUGAAAUAAGCUACUCUAACGGCAAUUUAAAAACUAUAUCUUCCGAUGGUCAGUUAAUAAAAAUGAAAUAUUUUAACGGCGAUACCAAGGAGACUGAUUUAAAAAACAAUAUUAUCAAGUACCACUACGCCUCGACUAACUCUUUACAUACACAAUAUCCGGAUGGAUCAGAAUUACUGGAAUAUUCAGAAGGACAAAAAUGUAAGAAGUAUCCCGAUGGUAAAACAGAAGUUAGCUAUUCGGAUGGUUCCAUCAGGCUGAUUUAUCCGGAUGGUACCGAGGAACAACAAUUUCCAGACGGCCGACGAACUGUCAAACACGACAAUGGAGAGCAGAUUAUAUUUUUGCCAAACGGUCAAAAAGAAGUGCACAAUCAAAACUACAAAAGACGGGAAUAUCCAGAUGGUACAGUGAGAACUCUGUACAAAGAUGGUACUGUUGAAACGGUGUAUUCUAAUGGAAGAGUGAGGUUAAAGGAUUCUGAUGGGGUAUUGGUUAUGGAUACUUACAAGAAAUAAGUCGAUACCAAGAAAUAAGUCGAUAGUUUGUGAUUUGAGCAAGAAUGUAUUUAUUAAUUAUUGUAAAUUUUGCAAUAUUGUUAAGGCAUGUACAUAAAUAGGAUAACGAAGACAAAAAAUGAGAUUAUUUAUUUAUUUCGACAAAUAAAGAUUACUUUUAUAUUGAA